AAAGCAGACCAAAAGCCACAGCAUUUCCUGCAUUUCCCCACAGCAACUUAGGAUCAUGGGAGCAAGAUCUUCUCGCAAAGCACAAGAGGAAAAGAAUGGCGGAGAGCAUUCAAACGGGGUAGCUACUGAAACAACCAAAGCCUCAGGUGAAGAAGAGGAGGCAGUCGCGGCAGAAGAAUCCAAGGACACCGUGGUAACUCUUAGAAAUCAUGGCAGCAAGAACGGGGUCGGAGGAGCCAGGGGCUCGAGGACAAGCAGGGACUCUCGGCUAUCAAAGCACACUUCUUUCUACGAGAUGGUGGACGCCAGCGAGAUCAACACUUACCUACUAAUAGGCAACCAGCCCUCGGUAGAAAACACAGAGUUCUUGAGCAGGAAAAGAAUACUGUUUGUCCUCAACCUCUCCAAUUCUCCUGUGCCAGUGACUAGAGAUGGAAUAGAGUACAAGAGCGUGAAGCUAGAGGAUGACGACGAAGAAGACUUGCUCGGCGUACUACAAGACUGCCUGGACUUCCUCCACAAAGCAAAGAAAAAAUGCGAGUCUAACAAAGGAAGCAGGGUCCUGGUGUAUUCAUAUUUUGGUCUCUCUCGCUCUGCCUCAGUCUGUGUCGCACACUUGAUGAAAGAGGAGGGCUGGACACUCGAAAAGUCUUGGAAUCACCUCAAGGCACAGCAUCCUUCAGCUAAACCUAACGACGGGUUCCUCCUACAACUACUAGAGUAUGAAGGGAAGCUCUACAACGGGAAAAUAUCCAUGAGAAUGCAAGACUUCCAUACACGAUGAACAAAGAGACGUCAGUCAACACUUACUGAUUAUUAUUAUUGAUUUAUUGUUGUACGUUGCACAUGUCGUGUUGUGUAUCCAAUCUCAACUUCA